AUGUUAACUUAUUCUGAAGAAAACGCAUUAUUAAACAUGAGUACUGACUUGGAAACUGAUGAAAUAAAAACAAAUGAACAAGAUACAAUUUUUAAAAAUAACUUACAAUUACAAGAAUUAAAUCAAAGAAAAUCUAUAGACAGUUUAAUCUUUUAUGCUGGUACUGAUAAAGCACAUGUAAUUUCUGAAAUACUUGAAGAACGUGGAUGGUUAAGAACAAAAGAUCGUCAUGUGACUAAUUUUACUAUAAAAUGGUGUUUAGCACAUCAAGUAGAUUGGAAUAAAUUUCAAGAAGGAAAACAAUUAAUUAAUAAUAUACCUGGUCAAUUAGCUUUUUCUGAUAAAAUUAAUUUAUGGUAUACAAUACGUGAUUAUUUUCAAAACAAACGCACUAUAAGUGGACAACAUAUACAAAAUUUUCUUGCAAUGACAUUUGUUCUUGAUGAUGAAAAUGAAGUAGCAGAAUUUUUACGUGCUUAUAAAAAACAGAAUCGAACAUGGAUCUAUAAACCCCGAUAUAGUUACGCCGGUCGAGGUAUUACAGUAAUACCAGUUCAUACCGAUUUAAGUACAAUAUUUAAAUCUAAAAUUGGUACGAAUAAUCGUCCGCAACAAGAACCAAGGUCACCCGGCUAUUUAAUACAACAAUAUAUAUCUCGGCCAUUAUUAAUAAAAGGUCGAAAAUUUGAUAUACGUGUACAUUGGCUUGUUGCAUGGACAAAACCAUUACUUGUUUUCUAUAAUCAUAAUGCAUCAGUUACACGUUUAUCACUUAAUCUUUAUCAUGAAUUUGAUUAUGAUCGUUCAACACAUUUAACAAAUUUGUCAGUACAAGAAAGUCAUUCUCGUUACAAUUUUUUACAAGAAUCAACAGGUAUGACUAUGAGUCAGUUAAAUCAUUAUUUUAAUCAAUGUUUUCGACCAUUUCAUCCAAGAAUGCGUCAAGAUUGGGUGAUGACUGUUAUGCAAGAACGCAUGCAUACUAUAAUUCGUCAUGUAAUACGUGCAAGUAAAGAUAAAUUAACUCGUGGUGCUGGUCAAUUUGGUUUUUUUGGUUGUGAUUUUUUACUUGAUGAAAAUUUUCGUAUAUGGCUUUUAGAAAUCAAUGAUAAUCCCGGUGUUGGAUGGGGCAAUUCUUUAGUGAAUACAACAACAAAACCUUUAUUAGACGAAACACUUAGCAUUGUUUGUGAAUGUUUAAAUAAACAUAAAAAUCAACAACCAUUAUUACCUAUUGGUUGUUUAAAAAAUUAUCAACUUAUUUAUAAUGAAGAUGAUGAUGCUAAUAGACUUUUACUUGAUGAUAAUCAAGUAUUUACUGAACAGUUAACAAUUCGAUAUGCAUUGAAAGAAAAUUCACCUCGAAAACCAGUUCGUCGAACAUUGCCUAAUGUUAAUGUUAGUCGAGCAUCAAUAUAUCCAAAUGAUGUGUAUACCAGUGAUAGUAAUAAUAAUAUUCUUCUUCCAUUGAAUUUAGUUAAUAUUGAAAAUUCAAAUUCUUCCAUCGUUAGUACAACAUCUGUAGAUUUAACUCCAAUUAAUAAUACAUUAAACAUACUUAAUACAACGAAUGAAACAAUAGACCAUGAUAAUAAUAUAGAAUUAGGAAGUUUAACAAAGCGAAAAAAAGUGGUGAAAAAUUAUAAAUCGAAAUCUUCAUUAUCGAUAUCACCAAUAAAUGGAUCAACAAGUCGAUUAAAUAAGACAUGUGUUAGACGAACUCUUUUAAAAAUGAAUACAUUCGAUAUUGAACAAAAAAAACCUUUUGAUCUAUUACCAACGAUUAUCGAUAAAAGAAUUUGUAUGCAACGAAGUGGUACAGUUAUGGAUACUAUUGAAACAAGUAGAAAAGAAAAUAAAAUAGUACCACAUAGAAUUGUUAUUACAACUGAACAUCAAAAUAGAAUGGAAAAAGCAAAUGUAAAUCCUGCAAAAGUUUGUACUUUAACUUAA